UCAACAUGAAUUUGCUAAUAAUUUUUACUUUGGCCGUGGUCGCUACGGCUUCGGCUUUUACCGAUAGAGAGCUGGUGCCGCGGAAUCGUGUGAUGCCCGUCCUGGCUCGCACUGGUAUUGAGGGUCGCAUCACGAAUGGAGAGACCGCUAGCGAAGGUCAGUUCCCCUACCAGGUCGGUCUAUACCUGCAGAUUAAUGCUUUUUCCUAUGGCUGGUGCGGUGGCGUAUUGAUUGACCACAAUUGGGUAGCGACCGCUGCUCACUGUCUGGAUGGCGUUAAAUCUGCGACCGUCUAUCUGGGUGCACACUAUCGUCUCAUGGCUAAGGUUGUCCACAGCGUCGCCAAGUCCAAGUUCAUCAUUCACCCCGAUUGGAACAGACAGACCCUAGCCGGCGACAUUGGCCUGAUUAAAAUCCCCUACACUCCCUACUGCGACAAGAUUUCACCUGUCAAAUUGCCCGCCAUAUCCACCACCUAUCCCACCUAUGCCGGUGAUAUUGCAGUCGCCUCAGGUUGGGGCCUCACCAGCGAUACAUCCACCACCGUUUCCGACACUCUGCAGUAUGUCCUGCUCAAGGUAAUCGAGAACGCUGAUUGUGCAGCUGUCUACGGUAGCAUUAUAACCAACGGAAUUCUUUGCGUUGACACCAUCGACGGCAAGUCCACCUGUAGCGGUGACUCCGGUGGUCCAUUGACUCUAAACUCGGACAAGACCCUGAUUGGUUUGGUAUCAUUCGGUGCGGCUGUCGGUUGCGAGCAGGGUUUACCAGCUGGCUUCACUCGUGUUACCAAAUACCGUGGAUGGAUCAAGGAUAAAACUGGCCUAUAAUUUUAACUUUAACUUGACUAUGCACAAAAAAAGCAUAAAGAAUGAAAUGUAUU